CUAUCGCCAUCAUCCAGUGUUACCUUUGACGGUCGAACGCGCGGUCGUUCGCCGUCAGUGACGUCGGUGUCGACGCUCGUGCAACACGUCUAUGAUGUUUCGGUGAUUUCAAAGUCGGACUUGUGAGUGGACGUUAACUCAUUACCCAUCAAAUACUGGAACACAGUGACAAAUAAAAAUCAAACUACCCUGGAUUUGGAUGUUUUUAUGGAUUGUGAAAAGUGACAAUUUGGAUUUUUGCGAAUCUAAACAGUGCAGUGUACCAACAAAAAAGGAUUGCAACUUAGUGACAAACAUUGGAUUUUGAUCGGAUGAAACUGAAGUGCUUUUUGGAAAACGGUGCCCGCCUUGUGAAGUGAAAAAUCAAAGGGGUGUCUCACCACCGACAGGACGGCGAACGCUGGUAGCACGGCAGGGUACGUGAACUCGUCUGUCCACUACGGGGGAGCGCAGGCUCCUGACCCUGGCAAACACAACCCUCAGCAAGGGACAAUUGGAUACAGAGUCAACAACCCUAGCGGCUAUGGGUGCGCCGGCGGUACGGGCGCGAUGAGCGGCGGGGGCGAGAACGCGCAGUUCGGCGCCACCGCCGCAAUGGUCGCCGCGGCCACCACGGCCGCGAUGCAGGACUCGCAGCCCUUCUCGCAGAUGCAGAACAAUAUGACUAUGGGAAAUCCCCAGUAUGGCGCGAUGAAUGGCUACGGCCAACAGCGCAGCCACAACCCGGCCAUGACAGGCAUGGGAAUGGGCGGGAACGGCGCCAUGAAUGGCAUGAACGGCAUGACUGGCAUGGGCCAAAUGGGCAAUGGGGGGAUGAACGGCAUGAACCCAAUGGCGCAGAUGGCCAAUAUGGGGAUGCACGGCAACAUGAUGCCUUCGCAAAUGGGCCCGGCGCAAAUGACAGGCUCGGCCAAGAUGGGUCCUGGGUACCGGCAGCGACACAACCCUUACCCCUCUGGAACCAUGAUCAUGAGCCGGAAAACCCAAUACAUGGGGGGACAACCCGGCUUCGGCCCUGGGCAAUAUCCCGCUGGUUACGGAGGUCGGCCUGGAUUCCAGGGCCAAUACCCACCUCAGCAACCGCUAGGUCCAUCUGGGAAUUUCGGUGGAAACAUGAGAGGAACCAUGAGGCAGUCGACGCCACCUUACUCAAACCAGGGGCAAUACUUCAAUGGUGGCGUGCCGAGCCAAUUCCCACAGCACCCAGGUGGCAACGGGCAAUAUGGAGGACAAUAUAGUGGACAAUUCGCACAAGAAGUGGCCAUGCGAACUAACAUGAGUUACCAGCAUAGUCCAGUGCCUGGGAAUCCUACGCCGCCUUUAACGCCAGCCAGCAGUAUGCCACCGUACAUCAGCCCUAACGCCGAUGUUAAACCCCAUUUUAACGAGCUCAAACCACCGAUGGGUAUCCAAAACGAUGAGCUCCGGUUAACAUUCCCUGUUAGAGAUGGUAUUAUACUACCACCAUUUAGGUUAGAACACAAUUUAGCAGUUAGCAAUCAUGUAUUCCAAUUGAAGCAGACGGUCCAUUCAACGUUAGUAUGGAGGUCGGACCUUGAAUUACAACUAAAAUGCUUCCACCACGAAGAUCGACAGAUGAACACGAAUUGGCCGGCGAGUGUUCAAGUGUCAGUCAAUGCUACACCAUUAAUAAUAGAUAGAGGCGAGAACAAAACAUCACACAAACCAUUGUACCUGAAAGAAGUAUGCCAGCCUGGCAGAAACACGAUACAGAUCACUGUUUCGGCAUGCUGUUGUUCACAUCUAUUCGUACUGCAAUUAGUCCACCGACCGAGCGUCCGAAGUGUCCUCCAAGGAUUGCUAAGGAAGAGGUUACUGACAGCUGAUCACUGCAUUGCCAAAAUUAAGAUGAACUUCAACCAAGCGCCGGCAAACAACAAUGGAUCUAAUACAGCAAACGAUAGGGACAGUGUCGAGCAAACCGCCUUAAAAGUGUCAUUAAAAUGCCCAAUCACGUUCAAAAAGAUCACAUUACCUGCGCGUGGGCAUGAGUGCAAACACAUACAAUGCUUCGAUUUGGAGUCGUACUUACAACUGAAUUGCGAACGGGGGUCAUGGAGAUGUCCAGUUUGCAACAAACCAGCGCAGCUAGAAGGUCUAGAAGUUGACCAGUACAUGUGGGGCAUUCUCAACACGCUUAACACAUCUGACGUGGACGAGGUGACUAUCGACAGUGGUGCGAACUGGAAAGCGGCAAAGAGUCCUAACAAUAGUGGCAUUAAGGUAAGUAAAGAGUACAUACAUUUAUUAAAAGGAAGAUCGCGAUUUUGCACUGAUUCUUGUACUAAAAUGAUUAUGCUAUUGCAGCAAGAAGAUGAUAGCAAUGACAACAGUGUAGGAAAGAGGAGCAAAGCGGUAUCGCCAGGCUCCAUGAACAUGCCCACCAUGAAUAACUGGGAUAUGAACCAAGCGUUAUCUCCUUACCUGCCACCUGACAUGAACACCAUUGCUAGCGGCUCUAUGAUCUCCUCGUACAACCAAAGCGGUCAGAAUAGAAACCCUGGGUCGAACAAUCAGAAUUACGACUUCGGGAUGAAUAAUGGCCCUGGAAGCAACGAGUUUGCAGGCAAUGGACCAUUAUCACACCUCAACGACAGCGUCAAUUCCUUGGACCCACUGAACGCGAUGGAGAAGAGUCUAAACGAACAGAUGCCUCAUACACCUCAUACGCCACACACACCUGGAUCAGCGCAUACGCCGGGUGGCGGCGGCGGCGCGCAUACGCCGGGCUCCUCUCACACGCCGGGCCCGCCAUCUGUCGGGCACCACAGCUUGACCGACGUUGAUAUACCCGCCGACCUCAACUUUGACCCGGCGGCCGUCAUCGACGGAGAGGGCACCGAUAAUCUCAACCUGUUGCCGGAAACGAGCGUAGAUCCGAUGGAGCUGCUAUCAUACUUGGAUGCGCCGGCGCUGGGCGAGCUGCUCGCCACGCCCCCCUCCUCAUCCUCCUCGGCCGGGUCGCACCCCCCGCGCGCACCCUCCUCCGACGACCUGCUAGCGCUCUUCGAGUGAACCUGCAACACACAGAUUCUCCUUGCAGACACGUAACGACAAAAUGCCGCGGCCACACAUUCACCUCGCUCAUGUUGGAGACGAGAGUUGGAAAAUUACCUUUAAUACCAUAACGGUAAGGGAAGUGCAGUUGAUUGUUGUUUUUCACAUUUAAUCCGGAAAUUUUGAUCUACACACGAAUCCAAUGUAGGGCCGCGGCGGAACUGCAUCACCAACCAAUGUCAAUUAUAUUCCUAACACUUGACUCAUAAUAAUUGACAUUCACUCAUUUCGUUACGCGAUCUGUCCGAUCGCUGUGUUCUUGCGGCGUUGAUUUAACUCGCUUCAGGCCAGAGAUGCCCGACAUUGUGAUACUAGAUUUUAGUUCCUUCUCCGCUGCCGGCUACGUUGAACAUUGUGAAUUAACCUUGUCAGGAUCUGACACCGCAGGCUGCACAGUCCUGACUGCAGCGUUCAACAUAGUCGCACCAAACGUCUUGUUCAAACAAUGAUGUUGGAGAACAUUUAUUAGGUAUUUAGGUAAAGUAUUGAGGCGAGGCGUGCGCCGCGUCGGCCAUAGACACUGCGGUGUUGUGCAUGUAUAGUUCCUCGCACCGCCGCAAACGGCGGCGCUACUGAGCUCCUUAUAUUCUAAACUCUAGCAUAAACUGUGACACAAAUUUUCAUUGAUAAUUCAAGUUCUUAUUCGAUAUAAUAUAAUCGAUUAGAGUAUUAGAUUUGUGUCCAUGAUUUGUGAAUAAUUCGCCGGGUGUAAAUAAAGAGUUAUUUUAUUGUGCUAGUUGGUUUGGUAACCCAGAGCGGGCGCGGUGCGGUGUACAUAUAGCGUAGGCGCCGCCGGAACGCUCGGAGGCAUUAUGAAUCUUAUAGUUCCUAUUGGAUGCGAGCGAACUAUAAUGUUCAAUUGCCAUUAAUUGUAAAAUAUUCCUUGACGUUUUCGCAUAUUCUGCAUUUUUAAAUGGUAAGAAACGAUAGGAUUAGUGAGUAUAGCGCUACUCGCAUAAUGGGUGAUAUAAUCUAAAUGAGUUGUUUGAAAUCAACAAAUUAAAUGGUAACAAAUUAGUUACAAAACUAUAUUGUAAAUGUGAGUGCAAAAAUGAACUCUGUUAAAUUAUUUUGCGUUAUGUGAAUCGAAGAAUGAUAGAAUAUAUUUUAAUUUCUAUAUAAAAUAAUGAACUGUAUUAUUUGUAAAUAUGAAUUUAGUUAAGAAUAUUAUAUUACCUAGUUAUAUUUAAGAGAACAUGGCAGAUACUUAUAUGACGGCCAGUUUAGUAUAGUAUUACUAAAAAUUUAAAAUCUACACAUGGUUUUACAUGUACAUAAUUUAAUACAAAAUACCAUAUAAUUCAAGGCUACAUGCAUUCAGAGUACAGAGUCACAGACUAAUCUAAUAAGAACCAUGGAGAUCUCCUUUUAUCCAGUUUUUAGAACUAUCAUCAUCACAAAUCACAUUUAAUUUUAUUUAAUUAAUUUUCUGAUAAUACUUAUCAGUGAUCUCAAAGCAUUUCAUUAUUGAACUUUAAUUACUUGCCCACUUUAUAACAGAAACUAUGUAUUGGUAUGUACUUACUUUACUUUCUCUAAUAAAUUAAUCAUAGCUAUAAAACAUCACAAUUUCACAAUAUAGUAUAAAUUUUUAAAUAAAUAUCGUCAUUUUAUGCAUUUUUAGUCAAAUAUUUAUGGAAGUAGUAAAACUUUUAGAAUUCAAUUAUACAUAAUUAUACUGUAUAUUUAUUACAUGGUUUUUAAAAAGAAAAUUUGUUCUGUGCUCUGAUAUGCUCUUCUUUCCACAAGUGCAAAUAUGCCAAUUUAAAUAAAUUAGUAAAAUGUCAAUAUGCUCAUCCUGAUUUUGAAUAUUUUUGAGAAAAUAUAAUUCAUUUGAAAUUAAAUCGUAAAACUUUAACAAAAGUAUUAUGAGUCUGUCAAUAAUUUUAAACUAAAAUCAGUAUGAUUUCAACAAAAAAAUUAUGAUGAGCAUUUUAUAGACAAAAGUAUCUUAAUUCACAUAUUUUCAAAUGUUUUCAUUUUAUUGUAUCUUGACAUGAAUGCGCUAUAUUUGUUUUACAUUGGGAAUUAUACUUAUUUUGAUACUAUUUAUAAGCUUACUGUUAAUAUAAUGCAUGAUUGUCAACUAUCAAAGAAAUUCUAAAUGGAAUUAAGUUCCCAUAAAAUUCAAAUCAUUACUCCAUAAUUCAUUUAGAUGUUGUAAAAUUAUCAAGCAUGUACUGUUACUGUUUAUAAGAUUUAAAAUAACAGUUUAUAAAGUUAUCUCUAACUUAGAGUUGUAUGUAAAACUGUCGAUCUUUUCACUAACUUAUGUAAAAAUUGGUGAUUUGCGCAUCUUUACUUCAAGCUAUGAAUAUGGACGCCUCUUUAGAGUUAGUCAAAAUAUUACGAAAAACAAUAAAAUUAGUGUUAUACAAAGCAGUGGUCAAUUAUUCAGACAAGAGGGUGAGAACAAAUGGCCAAAUGCCAUUCAAUUAUUGUUUCAUGAAUUGACUAAAACAAUUAAGUGUUUGUCAUGUAUGUCUAGUUGAUCACAGCUUUACAUAAAAAUAUAUACUUUUAAGGGACCUUCAAUUCCAGUUAGCUAGUUCUAUUUAUUGUAGUGAAUAUUGCUGUUGGAUGGAUCAUCAUAAAGAUUUUUGUGAGACCAAAUAGUAAUUUUUUACACAUUUACCUGUUUUAGGUAAUAUAAAUAAUGAAUUUCUUUAUAUAAAAUCAAAAAUAUCACAAAAAAUGUAUAGCAUAUCACAUUUAAAAAAAAAAGCACAAAAAUCAAAUUGAAUGAUCCAUCCAAAUGAGUAAAUGAUUACAAUAUAUUUUGUUGAAAAUUAUAAUGAACUGCUGUGGAGUAGUAGAUUUUGUGCUCGUACAAAUAAUAUGCAGCAUUUGGAAAUAAGUGAAAGAAGAAUUCUAAAUAAGGUAAAAUGUGACCCAUGACCCGAGUUCAUGCAGCCAAACUGUACCUACCUACUGUAGUAUAACUUUUGAAUUUAAUGUGAACAUUUUAGCAAUCUGAUUGAUACCCACUGACAUACAUUUCGAAAUGUGUAAAAUGGAAAAACAUAACAUUUUUAUGUUAUUGAAAAUAAAAUGAAUCCAAAAAAUUA